AUGGCACUCAUGAAACAAGAUGAGUGGAGAGUCAAUAAUCUUAUCAGUCAGCUUUUAUAUUUGCAUUUACCCACUCCUGAAACUUCAUCGCAAGCAAAAGUGAAGCAGCAUAAUAAUUUAUGCGAUCAAACUUUGUAUAAGAAGCGAUGGAAAACAUGUCAAAAUUCAUCAGUUCGCGGUGGCUCUGGUCGUUGCUUUACCCAGAAAAAGAAGAAGAAAAAUAAAAGUAAGAAAGAAAAACGCAAUAACAAGCAUUCGAAGCGUUUUUUUUUAUCAAAGCAAAUAAAGACAGCAGCAAUAACCCACAACAAUAUCCAAUUUUUGAGCGAUUUCAUGAACGAGAAAAGAAACAUAACACAACAAGCCAAAGCACUUAACACCACGUGA